AUGCCUUCUAUCACCACUUCCCCUCUCUUUCUUUCCCCUACAGCUGGCUGUACCUUUGACGAGGACUCCGACCCUGGGCUGUGUGAGUACAAGCAGGGACAGGAGGACGACUUUGACUGGCAGCUGAUGAGGACAUACAACUGGCCACACACCUCCCCAGACCUGCUGCGAGGCUCGUUCAUGAUGGUGAACUCGUCCCAGCAUGCCGCGGGGCAGCGGGCCCACCUCCUCCUCCAUUCGCUGAGUGAGAACGACACGCACUGCAUCCAGUUCAGCUACUUCCUGUACAGCCGCGACGGCCACUCCCCCGGGGACCUGCAGCUCUACAUCCGGGUCAACGGGGGGCUGUGGGGCAGUGCCGUGUGGAACGUCUCCGGGUCACAUGGACGCCAGUGGCACCAGGUGGAGCUAGCCGUCAGCACAUUCUGGCCCAGCGAAUACCAGCGACUCCUGAACCUGGUGAAGGAACCCCAAAAGGAUAAGCACAGCCAGUGGAAGAUGGCGACACUCACUGCUACACCCACUGUCACCUGCGCUGUGGACACGGAGAAACAUCAGGAAGUCUUCAACGACUGUCGGGAUAUUAUUCAGAGGAGCAUCUGA